UACUGUGAGCCAUUUGGUCCCUGUGCACUUGGAGCGAGAGCUGCGCUCACAUUCUUGUCAGACUCUGCCAAGGCUGUGCCCUGUCUCCACUUUUGUUCCUGGUAUUCAUGGUCAGGAUCUCAAGGUGCAGCCGAGAUAUGGAGUGUGUCUGGUUCAGGGUCAUAGGGGUGGCAUCUCUGCUGUCUGUCGUCCUUUCGGUCUUAUCAUACUGUGAUGCAGUUUGGAUGAGGGUCAGCACCUCCAAGUCUGUGGCUAAGGUUCUCUCCUGGAAAAAGACGGCUUAUUCCCUUCAUGUGAGUGGGGAGCAACUGCCCCAGGUGGGGGAGUUCAGGUAUCUUUGGGUCUUGUUCACGACUGAGAGAGUUAGGGGAAGUCACUGGGGAGAGGGAUGUCUGGGCUGCUCUGCUUGCUCUAUUGCCUCUGUGACCCUGACUUGGACUAAGUGGUUCGAAAAUGGAUGGAUGAAUGGUCUUACAUUCUACAAAGGUACUUACCUAUUACAAAUCCUUGUUGGGAAUGUUUUUCAGAAGUAAAGCUGUUAUAAUGACUAGAGAUAUUGGUACCAAAAGCCUCUGCUAACUGUGACAUGGAUUAUGACAUAUGAAUUUAAUCUCAAAUGUCUUAAUGUAUGAUAAACUUAUUCGACCUUAUAUGACUUUACCUUGUAUGGCAUUUUAUCAUUUUAUUUAUUUAUUUACUUGACCGGGACAAUACACAUUGAUCAACAUCACUAUUCUGUGAUGUAAAUGUGCCAGAUUUAGCCAGAUCGCUCAUUUCCAUCUGUUGUCCCUGGGCAGGCUGAUGUUAACACAAUAAUAACAAACAGACCAGACUAGAAGCCAUAGUACAACAUUAAAAGCACAUAAAAACAGACACACAGAGCUUGUAAGCAGAAAUGAGCAACAUAGAAGCAGGCACAUGCGAAGGAACAAUGGAGCACAUAAGGCAAGCAUAUAUAGCACAAAACAAGCACAUACAGAAAGUAUUAAAGCAUAAAAAAGCACAAAACAAUGCAUCACACGAUGACAUGCAAAGACUCCACAAUAUUACACAACACACAUGCAGUUUAGUAGUGACUUAACAGCCAUAAUAUAUAUACAUACAUACAUAUAUACAUACAUAUAUAGGGCCAGUGAACAGUGUUAGUGGCAUACAAUUUUGAUUUAGAUGUAACAUUUACCUUCUAUUACUCUAUAUUCUCUUUCCCUGAGAGUUUGGUUAAUGCUCAGCAGAGCUCAUUUGAAAAGCUUUUUGUCUUAGAGGAUUUAUAUUUUUUGAGAAGAGCAGUCUUUGCAGAAGGUACGGACACCUGUUGGCAAACAUAAUUAUAUAUAGGUGUGUGUGUGUGUGUGUGUGUGUAUAUAUGUAUGUGUUAGAAUAUUUCCUUGAUAUCGUUUUAACAUGCAAUGGGGUACACCGUACACAGCUUUUAUUAGUUGUAAUCUAAUCAUGUUCUAUGAAAAAUUCCAACUUUCAACAUAGGAUGGCACUGUGGUAUCAUCAAUAAAAGCCUCUGCAUGUCAAAGAUAAUAGUAAUGUUUGUUUUGUUUCUCAGUUUUUUGGCUGAAUUCCAGGAAUUUUUUUACACAGUCUUACAUUUUAUCGCUUAUACUGUAGUCGCUUAAAUACAUCACAGGAACCAAAAUUAUACAUUUCAACUGUUGGUUUGACAUCAUUUUGCAAAUCGGCACUACAGUGGUAGGUUAAGCAGAGCUAGUGAUUACAGUGUUCAGUACCGAAGGAUUGAAAAGCUUUGAAAUGCAUUGGGAUGGUGUUUCAGAUUUCCGUAUAGGUUGUGUAAGUCAUUCCUUAUAGCUGUUUUUUUGUAGUCACUGAUUACCUGUAACUGCUGUUGUACUGCUUCCUGAACAGGUAAAUCUGAAUUGUCUUGAGUGUAAAUGUAAUGGUAGCAAAUUGCUGACAGUCUAUAUGAGGUUAUUUUUGGCUUUAAAAAUAGAGAGUAGAAUUAAAGUGUGUUCACAGAUUUAGAAUAGUGGAUGUUGUGAUGAGGGGACUAUUUGGGAUUGGUUUUGAAAGUUCAGUCACAGAGCCUAGCCUAGAUUUGUAUCUGGACCUUACAGUGAGGCCGUAGCAGAGGAGGGCAUUAUGACAGGAAAUGUGUUAUGAAAAACAGAUUAGACUAAUUAAAUUACAGGAUGCAGAAGAUACUACACUCUAUGAGUCAAAGGUCUUCAGUAGCCAAGGUUGAACUACCCAAGAAUUGACCCUACUAGUGGGCGGAUAGCUCAUCCCUUCAAGGCAUAACACUGUGGUGCAUGGAUGAGUCUCACAGACUCGGAUUGAAUCCGGACCGUGCCAGUGACGACUGUGGCCGUAAGCUAUAGUGCAAUGGGCAAUUUCCGGUUAGGGACCUACGUUCAUUGUAAACUAGUGACUAUUAAGAGUGUGGGUCCAGCAUUAUGUUGCAUUUUUUGUUCAUUGCACAAAAAUACUGCUUUUAAAAUAUACUGGAUACAACACAUCUGAUGGAAUUAUUAUAGCAGUUGAACUGCAUAAAUCAUUUAUGCUGGUUAGCCUGACAUAUAACAGCCCAUUCAUUUAUCAGGUUAAUGAAGAAUGUUAUGUGAUCCUGAUUGAGGCAUACAAAAUUCCUAGAUUAAAACAUGCAAUAACAGAUUUCUACCAGCAGAUGGAGUACAGGAAACCUACCAUGAGCCUGCACAGUUGUUUAAAAAAAGAAAAAAAAAGAAUUUUAAAAAACUUCAGAUGAAAAGUCAAGCCCGAUCUUGCAGCUAAUGCCUCGUGACAAGCGGCUAAGAACUUAAACAUGUCAGUUCUUGAUUACUGAUCCUUAGGAGGAAAAGGAAAGAUCUACAAAUAGACUGAGAUAGUAGCUGGGAAGAAAACAAAAUCAAAAUAGAAAUUAAAAAUGGAUAAGUGUGUGUGUGUGUGUGUGUACGUGUGUGCCUGUGUGUGUGUGUGUGGUGCAGCAGAAUACAUAUAAUCACAAUCAGGACAGUAAUGAUCACUCAGCAUUCUACUAUUUUAUCCUUUAUCUAUUUAUAUUUUAUGGGUUGCAGUAUAACUGGAGAAUUUAUGGCCAUACAGAUAUAACUUUUCAUGUUUUAAUCCAAACCCUCUUGGCAGAUUUCUUUUGUCACAGAUUUGGGUGAUUGUGGGGGUAAAAUAAAGGCUCCGCAAUUACUACAUAGCCAGCAAUUACUUGAAACAUGUUUAAAUUAGUUUUUCCAAGUUGGAGAUUUCAAACACCUAAAAGCAUAGCCGCAAAUGUCCUAAAGUAAAUAAUAUAGCCUUGUCAGAGUAAAACCUCUCAAAGUACUAUCUUGCAGUGUAGGAGGUUUGGUUGUUGUCACAGGUUUUAAAAAACCACCAUUGUAUUUCCUUUAAUGGAAAAUGCCAGUAAAAGCAUUUAUCAUAUCCAAGAAAAAUGGCUUCUCUAAGUAAUGAUAGAACAUGCUUUCAGAAAAAAAGGAAAGGCACAGACGACAAUCUUAUAUUAUACAAUACAAUAAUAUAUUAUUGUAUUAUCCGCACUCCCCUCCCCCUCAAAAAAGGAUUUUUGAUAGGAAGUACAGAAAUUGUAUACAUAUACAUAACAUAUGUGCAGGUUAUCAUAAUCUCUAUCUAGCCCACAAUAGGACCCUCCCUACUUUGACCACCAGUAACUUUCCAUGAGAUCAGGCAUAAGCCGUUUCAUUUACAUAUCAAGUCAUAAAUCUGGCAAUUCUUUGCUGCUUCAGUGCACCACCGACAUUGUGGCUGCAGGGUAAUCUCUGCAAGUAACAGCAUGCACCAGCCUUCAAAGACAUGAGUUUGAUUCUUGUUAGACCUGUUUUGCUAGAUCUAUAACAGUGUUCUUUUUCUCCCUGAACUACUCAGAUUGCAUGGUUGCACUGAUGCAACUCAGUAAUGUUUGGAGCAUUAUGAAAACCCUGGCGUUACAUCCAGGAGGUCACUGGGUCAAGAUUCGGGAAGGGACAUCAGUGCGCUCUGCUUCAGCAAGCUAUAAUGAUAAUAAAUUAGUUUUGGUGAGCAAAUCAUGCUUCAACAAUAAUUAUAAUUUGUUCAAGUGAAUACAUUAUUUUCAUAAAUUUCCAAAACCUGUUGUUGCUAAAUAGAUAUCAUUGUACAGUACAAAAAGGUAUACUUGAAAGCACUGACAAUCAAGGAAGAGCCUUAAGUAUGGACAACUCUUGUUAAGCUUACAGUACAACAAUUACAGGACUUUAUCAUCACAAAUAGAUGUAUUAAAUGUGUGAAAAACAUUUAGAAUCCUUAGAAUUUUCCCUUCAUCCUUUAGAAUGCAAACAUGCAAACUUCUCCAUGGGAACACAGAAAAUAGAAUGUUGGGGAAACUUUUAGAGGAAAACAAAAGGAUGAAAACAGAGACAUUUGUUAUUUGUAUAAGAAAAAGGCACCAUGUCUCAGGAAAUCUCAGAAAAUAAUGAAUUUGCCAUCUCAAUGUGUGAACGCAGGUUCCCACUGCCAGCUUCACACUACCAGGCCAUCUUAAGCUGCAGGUCACCUGUGUUCCUCUCACCUGGCUCACACAGUGCUGAGAGCCUGAUGCCUCCUCAGGCCAUGCGGCACGGUGUUCUCCCACAGAGUCAGUGCAUGGCAGGUCAGAACCAGCAGAGCUCUCACAGGUUCAUCCAGUGGGUUCAGCUCCCGUUUCAGGCCCAGUCAGCCUACACUGUGCCACAGUAUAUUUGCACUGUCUCCCAGACCCAGGGGACGUCGCCCAAAGAUGGGCAACAUCUGCCUUUUGUACCUCUGCUUCCUGGUGCUCCGCUAGUGGGAAGGACCAGGAAUGCUGGGGCUCAGGGUGCUCCACUACAGCCUAACCAUCUCCAAGCACCCUGUGUUUCUCUCCACUGCCCAUAUGCCCCAUUUGGUUUUCAUGUUCUCCCUGGCAUGUCCCUGUGGAGCGGCCCGGGUCUCCACCCACAGACGGGCAGCCAAACCCACCUGACCACGUCUGGUACAGCUCGGGCUCCAGAAGGCUCCAGCCCUGCCAAUUUACCGCAGAAUGACAGCACAAAUGUAUCCGAGUUCCGCGGUGCUCUGCCCACCUCUCCCAGCCUGCAGGCGUUUGGAGACGGGCCCGCCUUUGUCUUUCCUGAGGUACUCUCCCUGGCUGACGCUAUGAGGAUAUUCCAGUGCGAUACCGAGGCUGAAAUGACUCCGAGCGGUGCAGUGGAGGAGCAGACUGGUGCAGUCCCAGGACCGGGAGGGGGAGACGGUGCUCAGACUCAGGAGGACACACUGGAGGACAUGGACUGGGCCACUUCUGUCCAGCGACUGCUGGCUUCACAGACACCUGACCGCUCUAUCCCCCUGCCGACUUCGGCUGAACACACAGUAAUGGAUUUCUUUGGUGACUUGGACAACUAUGGCCAUCUUCUUGACUCCCAGUUUGGCGAGUCCAUGCAACCCCAAGAAGACUCCCUGGAAAACGACCAGUCAAUUGCCCUCUGGUGACAGUAGCUACACUGAGAACUGUAACAGUUUUCUGCUGUGAUAUGACAGUAUUGCUUUGCCAUGUUUUUCGGCUAGCGUAUGCCAACUGCAGAGUUUGUGCGAUCUAGAAUUCCCAACUUAGAUCCCACAACUGAAUCUGGCUGAAGGUUUCAUACAAUAACACAUGCUGGUAUUGAAUAAAACAUAUGUAUAGACACAA